GUCACAACCUUAAAUUUGUUGUGAAAAUGUUAGUCAAUUUGUUUCAAAAUAAUCACUUUUUUUAGUGAUGUUUGUCGAAAUAGGAGGUCUUCCGGCAGCAUUACGGAUCUGUACUUGUUCCUGUUUUGUUGUUCAAAAAUAAAAGGAGAAAAGCGUGGAUAGAAAAAGGGUAAAAUGGUGGCAGACGGAUGAAAGCAGAGAAGGAGGAGAGCAAGAGGUGAUGAGGAUGUGGAUAAACGACGCACCUGAGAGGCUGGAAAAAAAAAAAAAACUAGGACAGUCGCCUGGUUUUAAUGAUGACAGAAAAGAUUGAGAAUGAAACAGUGAGUAUUCCGAUUAUUGCUUGUAUGUGGCUGAGGGGGACACACAUACUCGCAGUGUUCCCUCACUAAUGAAUACUGUGUGAAGUGUUCAUUAGUGAGCCCUUUUCUUCCAUCUCUGCAUUCUCUCCUUCCUAUUAUUAUUUUUUUGUUGCAAAUCAGGAGGCUCCUGUCUUAUAGCUGAUUAAAUUACAGCUUAAAAUCACAAAAGUGGUUAAGCAAGUGCAUGCAGGGAAUGUUAUGAUUGUGGAGCAGCUGCGGUUUAAGUUAAGUAUGGUGUGUGAGGAAGAAUAGAUAGAUGGAGAGCACGGGGACGUGCACAUCCGCUGUCAUCCUCGUUGCUUUGAAUGAAGGUUGCAUGGGCAGAAUUAUGCAUAAAGAGUGGGCAGCACAGACCAUAUGCAUAAGAAAACAUUGGGAGAGAAAGAGGGGGGUGGGCUCAGGUUUGAGCAUCAUAACAGCUCAUAUUCUUCCCCCUUGCACACCAGAAGAGCGACGCCGAGCCACCCUCCCUCUGCCUCUCUCCUUUUCUCUCCCCUACUCCUCAUUCUCGUCUGCUGUGCGCCGCUCCUGCUGUGUCGACGGGUAGGCAGUUACAAACGUUACUAUUUUGAGAGAGUCGGUGUCUGCAGCGAGCGGAGGAGAGCGGGCGUUUUUCUGCACGUUACAUGCAAAAAACGGAAUAAGUCUGCACAGGGAGCCGAGUCCAGGUAGAUCAAAAGUCAGGAGGUCGCCCAGCAAGACGAGAAAUCUUUUUUUUUUUUCCACGCAUCAAAGGAAAACAAAAAAAAAAAAUUGGGAUACAGGGUGGUGGAGGUGAGAGGAAAGCCAGAAGAUGGCGAGUUUUGGGAAACUCACAGACUACUUUAAUCGGCGUAAAUCUCGAGAGGAGCUGCGGGUGGGCAGGAGCUCGCGGCGCAGCGGCAGUUACUGCUGCACGGUGGCAGAGGCCAGGUCUCUGGAAAGGAAGCUGCAAAGACCAAUCCUCGCCAAGUCUCGUACUCUACCCAGCAUCCCGCAGUCACCGACGGUCUCCAGGGUCCACCACUCGGAUCUAAUUGAUGGAAGUCCUCCACGCAGGAAGAACCCUUCAUCCACCAGCAGCCACUCAAAGGCUUGCACGCUACCCCCUGCAGGAGAGCUGUGGCGUUUGGAGGAUGACAUGGAGGGUGACGACGAGACCGAACAGGGCUGCACGGAGGCGCGGCCCCGAUCCCAGUCGCCCUUCUCCCACUUCCGGGCGCGGGCUGCAUACCUUCGCAAGAGCAUGUCUGCGGAUGACCACCUGGACAUGGGCGCAGACUACUUCAGCACUGCAGCGGAUGGCAAACCAGCUGGUGGCAGCAAGGGAAAGCUGAAGAGAAAGUUUAGUCUGGGCUCCGCUGAUCGAAAAGAGAAUCAGCAUAAAAAGUCAGAGUCAGGAAUCUCCAAAUUUACUCAUCGUCUUUCUCUGAAAGAACGUUCAACUAAAACCGAGAAGACUUCGUCAAGCAGGCCGUCGUCCUACAGGAGACGAUCUCUUAGUGUGGACUGGGCCGACACCGCCAAGAUGACGCAGCCCAUGAGAGUAGACCAGGCCAACCAGCCGGCUUCUGCUCGCAAGUCAGCCAGCUUGUCCUCGCCAAGUGCAGCUCGCCGUCUAUACCGCAAUUUGUCUGGAAAGUUCCGCGUGGGCACCAACCCCCCUGCUCUGGAGGACAGUGUGGUGUCAGGACGGGGAGGGGACAAGGAGAGGCUGCGUAAAACCACUAUAUUUCAGAGCAAUGAAGCUUUGUUUGAGGCAGUGGAGCAUCAAGAGUUGGACCUGGUCCAGCUGCUUCUGUCCCAGUACAGUCUGGAGGAGCUGGACCUCAACACUCCAAACAGUGAGGGCCUCCUGCCUCUCGAUAUCGCCAUCAUGACCAAUAACGCACCCAUGGCCAAGCUUCUGCUGCGAGCUGGUGCCAAGGAGAGUCCUCACUUUGUGAGUCUGGAGGGCCGAGCGGUGCAUUUAGCUACUCUGGUGCAGGAGGCUGAGCAAAGAGUUUCAGAGCACAAGGCCCAGGUGCGGAGUGAGAGUCUUGGUGAACGCGAUGGAUCCGACCGCGAGCGGCAGCUCAAAGCUUGGGAGUGGAGGCUGAGGCUCUUCCGACGGAUGCAAACAGGCUUUGAGCAUGCUAGCCCCCCAGAUGUUCCCAGUGAAGUUCAUCUGUCUGUCAGCAGUAGCAACAGUCUACAGGUUGACUUCCAGGAACCUCUCUGUGUCAACUCUGCUGUGGUUACCAAGUAUAAAGUGAGUUGGAGCAGUGUCCCUUCUUUUAUUCCUGUAUUGGGUGAGAUGAUUGUGGAUGACACCAGUCUACUGCAGUGUCACAUCACAGGACUAACAACUGGGAUUUACUACUAUGUUCAGGUGUCGGCGUACAAUAUGAAAGGAUGGGGGCCACCAAAGGUUUCCACUCCGGUCUGUGCUGCACCUUCCAGUUGGAGGGACAUCGAUGGGCGCGCCCCACGUCAAAGAGGCCAGAAGGAGGCUCUGGAUCAUCUACUCGCACAGAUAAAGGAAGCUCACCGCAACUGUGUCUGCCAUGAGCCGUGCAAAGCUCCAGCUCAAGGCAGGAAGCACUCCGUGUCCAAAAGCCUUCGGCAUCUCUUCCAACCCACCAGUAAAUUCGUCAAAAGUUUGAAAAGAGGUCUUUAUGUGGCCUCCAUAUUCUAUAAAGAUGACAGCGUUUUGGUGACAUCAGAAGACCAGAUUCCUAUCGUGGAGAUUGAAGACUCUUACUCCAGCUCGCUCAUGCAGGAUUUCCUCUGGUUCACUAAGGUCUCCUAUCUGUGGGAUGAGAUUUCUUGGCUGCAGCAGUGCCUGGGUCCAUCCCAAUCAUCUUGUUCAUGUACUCUGCAAACACGCAUUAAGAUGUUACAGGCCAUCUCCCAGCUACAGGGAAUGCUGGGAAUCCAGAACCUCGGCCACGUUUAUUAUGAGCCAAUUAAGGACAAACAUGGUAACGCCGUGCUGGUGCUCCUGAAAGACAUGAAGGCGGGUCCAAACCUGGACGGAGUACGUUGGGUACCACUAUCUAAACUACAGCUGCAGCGAAAGUCCAUCUCAUCCCCCGAGGAGCCCACUGCCUUGGACAUUCUCCUCAUCACACUCCAUGAGAAGCUGGCAUAUCAUAGGCGCAGCAGGAAGCUUUUGUCUCCGGGUUUGUACUUGGGCUACCUGAAGUUGUGCACAUCAGUGGAGCAGAUAAGGGCGCUGGUACCUCAGAAACUACCCAACAUCCUCUGUCACACCAAAAUCCGGGACAAUAGCAAUGUUUCAAGAGAGGAGUGGCAGUGGCUUCAGGCCCUAAGCUCUCUGGAUGAGUCCUUGGAAAUGGAUCAUGAUGUUCAAAGUGCUCCUCAUCGUCUUCUUCACGACCUGCGCAGCGCCAUCAAAGCCUUCAUGGCUCACAUCAAUGUUCCUGGCAACCAGGCACAGGAUUUCCGAAUUUACAGUCAGGAGGUGUUGGAGUUUGGGGACAAGGUGUCCUUCCUGCUCCUUUUACCCCCCUCAGAUGAAGUCUGCACAGCUCCUGGUCAGAAUAACCCGUACUCUCCCCGCUCAGGCUUCCUCACCCUGCCCCUGCAGAUCUUCGAACUCGUUCACUUUAACGCCUAUUGUCCCAGUUUCAUCGGCCAGUAUUGCAGAGUGUCGGCCCUGCUGGAGCUGGAAUCGCUCAUGUCCCAGCAGGCACUUCGAGAAGCCUUCUCUGAAGACGAGCUGCUCGUCGCCAAGAAGAAACAUCAGCAAGUUCAGGAGCACAUGCAGCAAAUGGAGGAUGUCUGGCGGGAUGCGAGGUGGAUAAUGGAUGCCUUGCAAUACGCUCGCUACAAGCAGCCAACAGGAGGCAUCUUCAUAAGCUGGAUAAUUGACUUCUCUAAGGAGGUGAUGCCGGAUAAGCCUCCCUCCACCUCCUCUCAGCCAGACUUCAUGCCUUCUCCCAUGCCUUCUCCAGAGCACUGCCACAAACUGUCAGAUUUUCCCGGUUUGUCAGAUGAAGAAGGUUCCUCUGAGGUUUUCCUGACCACGGACAGCGACUACGACUCCAGUCGAGCUCAAAGUCCUCGUGAGCUGGAUCUGUUGUCUCCAUCGCCUCUGUCGUCCUCUGGAGCUUUGGAGCCCCGAGGUUUACUGCGCAGUGACGGGAGUGGCUCUGGAGGAGUGAGCGGACACGGAGGGGGAUCUCUACGAGAUUCCACUCCAGACGUCCUGCAGGCCUCUGAGUCACAGCUGGGGAGGGAAGGUGAGAGGUGUGGCGGAGGAAUUCGGUGCGGAGGAGAGAGGCGGAGGGGAGUCCCGGAGCUGUUUGACAGUGACUUCAUCCUUCCCAGCAGGCAGAUCGAACUGCUGCACAUUACAGAGAAGAGGCAGGCUUUCUGUGUGAGAACCAGUAGCCUGGAGUUCCCCUCCACCACGUCAUCACACCACCAGCCUCACUCCUACCACACCACCUGCUCCCCACCCUCCACCUCACCGCAGCAAAGAUGGCACAGACCCUCAUCCGUGGACCGCUGCUGUUCUAACAAACGCUGUCAGCCUCUCCCACCAGCACGUACUUUAUCAGAGGAUAGUGGCACUCAGAGACUCUCGGCACCAUCUUCUACCGUUCUCAAGAAAGGCUGCCAUGCCACGCUCAGAGUGUACCCACAGUACCGCACAGGUCUGCCAAAGGAGACCAGUGUGAAGAUUUGUAUAACUUCAAGCACAACCGCACGGGAGAUGGUCCAGCUGGUGGUGCAGGAGAUGAACACUGUGUGUCGGCGCAUGCUGGGGGGCAGCAAGGGCAGCAUCGAACACGAGCACUACUACAGUCCUGAACAGAUGAAGCACUUUGGUCUGGUGCUGGUCGUGGACAACAGAGAGAAAUGGCUUCAGGACGACUUCUGUCCCCUGGAGCUCCAAAACCCCUGGCUGAGGGGCAAACUGUGUGUUCGGAUUAAAGAGUAUUCACCGCUAGCACUCAAACACAGCCGGGCCACCACGGUGUGACGCUUCCACAUGUGAGCCAAAGCCUUGAUAUAAGGGAGCUUUGUAGUUGUUUUUCUGUUUGCAUCUCUAGCUUUAACUUCUACCGUUGAUUUGACCCUUUUUACCCCUCGGAUUGACUCCAAAUGCAGAAAGAAAAUAAUAUUUCUGAUUUCUGGCAUGUCUGACAUGAUCAAGUUGGGUGGUGCAAAUGGUACACAAUUACACAGAAAGGGCUGUCAACUAUCUCAGAGUCAUUCCCAAAGAUUUAUUGACCUCCACUACUAUGAACGAACAGAACUCUGGUUGAUGUUGCCAUUUGCUGCAAAAAUUAAGCUUAAUAGUUAUCCAAUUGGCCCCACCUUUGACCAUAAUGCUCUGUGGUACCAGUAAGCUCAGUGAUAAAGGGAGUGUAAACACAAACUUUCUGGUGCUCUUUACACCAUCAAAUCCUUUGUACAGUAGACUCAGUCUGGUGUAGCUGACUAUUAUGAGUGCAUCAUGUUGUAAAGACUUAGAUUAGCAACCGACUAAGUUGGCUUUUCAAAUCAAAAAAAGCAAUAUUUUCUUUUUGUUUUGCCUGUUUGCUGGAAAAAGCAUGUAAAACUUCCUAAAAUUGUGCCGAGUACAUUUGAUGUACUGUAGUCAAGCUGUAAAACUGUUAACCAGUU